CUUUUCGAUGGAGAGUCGGACUCGUCGAUGUACUCUAUGCGUCACAGAGCCAAGGCGUCUUUUGCACACCAAAGGAGUAGCAGCCAGUGAAUGCUAAGCUAUGAGUGGUCGCCGGGUCGAGUGUCGUCGAGAAUAAUGCUGCUCGUGCGAGGGUCGUGGGGCAUUAUGGCCAUACAGAAUCUUGACAGUCAGCGAAGCGGCGGGGCUGAGCAAGGACGAGGCAGAACUGUCUGGAGCAAUCCGAGAUGCAAUCUAAACGACGCUUCGAGUGUUGCUCCCAGGCCACGGUGUUGUCUUUGGGAUGCUCGGUGGUUGAGAGUAGCGCUCGAGCUGCACCUUCGAUGGCUUGCGGGCUUAUGUCGUGACGAGGGCAGCCUCAAGUCCCCGCAGCCAGCCGGUGACGCUCGUUGUCGUCGUCAGGGCCCGCUCAAGAGCAGUGCGUCGUGAGCGUGAGGCCAGGAAAUUCCCGAUGCAGGUGGCGUGCGUAUGGUGUCG